AUGACUUACUCACCCACACCAAAGCUUAUCUCAUUCGGGAAAAUACUCUUUCCAUUCUUACUCAACCUCUUGAGAACCUUCAACCCAAUCGCAAUAUUAGACAUUCUCAUCAAAAUUUCGGAACUGAUCUCAUCGCAAUCGACGAUGACGUCCACGGACACAAAGAAAAAAUGCACCAGAGAGACAUCGUCCAGAAAAUCAUCCUUCGAGAUCACUCCAAACCAAUCUAGGCGCUCGAAGAAAAUAGUCUCGUUUCACAAUCCUUUAUCCAUUUCUUCAACUCCAGACCCAUCACUCUCCUCUUCGUCUCACAAGAAUGGAUCGAUACGUCACGUCCAUUCAUCGUCCGAUGCCCGUAACAUUACCCGGAAUUAUGAGGACGAUGGAGCCUAUUCACCUAUUCUACCAUCGAUAUUUUCGCCAUCCUCAUCCUCAUCGUCUCCCACCAAAAUUGGUUCACCGGAUACCAAUACUACCAACAUUUCUUUUUCAAACCUAACAAUCGCUACAUCGUCUCCAUCGACCCCUCACGAAAUUUUCACCGAGGUGUGUGAAAUCGUGAUAUUGGCUUCAAGUGCGAUUAUCGCUUUGUUGGCAUUAAAUCCUUUGCUUUUCGCCUCAAUGAUCGUUGCCACCAUUAUCACCAUGCCUAUUUGGAUCGUGGUGGCUCCGGUGGUGUGCAUUCUUAUCGGAUUGGUGUACUUUCAUAUUGUACCGGUGGCUUAUGUUUUUCUAUGGACCGGGUUGAAAGUUACAACAGGGAUUAGGAGGUUAAAAUUGAAUAAAGGCUAUUAG